AUGUCUCAAGAAAUUUACAAUAAAGCUGAAAAAACAUCUAUCUCAAGCCAAAAUUUAUCUGAAUCUCAAAAUGCGGUGGAAAAUAUUGAAGAAACUGGUCAAGGAGUUCAAGAACUACCGGAAGGAGUGCAGUUCAUUGCAGCCCCAGCAGCGAAAGCAUCCUCAAUAAGUUUAGCGAGAUCUAUCAGCUCCCGAGAAUCAAGGGCUUCGUUACGUUUGGAUAGGCUUUCAUUGCCAAAAAGCUAUGUGCUGCAGGAUACAAUUCAACAAUUUGGUAAAGUACUGGAAAAAACAUCAAUUAAAAAUAUGAAAGACCAAAUUAAUGCGCAAAUUUCUCUAAGAAACAUAACCUCAUGCGUACAUCUCGCACAAUGCCAUUGUGCUCCGCUUCCGACCGCUCGCAGCAGUCAUCGGGCCCGCGUCAACGAAGAAAAAGCUGCCGGUGUAAUGGAAAAGCUUAAAGCUAAAAUGAAACGAGAAGCAUUCGACCGGCUGGCGGAUAAGUUUUUCCUAAAGCUUCCAAAUCUGGUGCUCGAUGGCGACAUCAGCGAUUUAUCGCAGCUUAGCCCAGAAUCGAACCAAAUGGUGAAUACCAUUUUCGCAACUAUGGUUGCCCACGCCGGAAAACCAGAAUCGAUGCACGAUCAUGAAUUAUACCUCCACACCUGCGUAGGAUUGAUGAGGUUUUUCGAAACGGUGAUUGCAGGCGUGCAAAAUAAAAAAAGUAUUCCAAUCGCAAAACCUACCGGAACUGUUCGCAGAAACAGCAUAACGCAGACGGUUCUGUGGAAACUUUCCGAAGAGAUUGCAGCCGCUCAGCGGUCAAGGGAAAUUUUAAAAACAAACCUUCAAUGA